AUGGUAAAAAAGUUUGAAGAAACACAAUUAUCAUCCAAAGAUAAAAGGUACAUUCAACAAGUCGAGAAAGUGUUGUCUUCAUUUGACUCUCUUGAAGAAUGGGCAGAUUACAUUGCAUUUUUAUCAAGAUUGCACAAGUCCCUACAGCUAGCAGAUGAUAGGAGAGGAUAUCAUUCUCUUUCAUGGAUCCCAAGUUCUUCUUUGGUAGCAAAUAAACUAGCAUUAUGUUUAUCAUCUAGGUUACCAAACGGCGUCCAUCAAAAAACCCUUAGCCUUUAUGAGUCCAUUUUCAAAAGUCUUUCAAUUGAGAGCUUCAACAGUGAAUUGUUCGUUUGGUUGCCUGGUAUAUUCCCCCUUCUUUCAUACUGUUCGAUUCAAGUCAAGCCUCAAUUGAUUAAGAUUUUGAGGGAGGAUGUGCUUGCAAAUUUAUCCCCCAGUAACUUGAAAGUUAUAACUAAGCCCUUGAUACUCAGUUUACUUCCAGGACUUGAUGAUGAAAACUCUGAAGUAUUCACAGAAAUCAUAGACUUGGUGGAUGAGUUCAAACUGCGGUUAGCAGAUGAUUCACAUUUUUGGCAAAGUAUGUUCCUUUGCAUCAUAAGCAAUCCAGAAAAGAGAUUAGGUGCCUUGUUGUGGUGCAGCAGGAGACUUCCUGUACUCACAACCAUCAAGAAUAAUGGUUUAAAUCAAUUUUCUGAGGAGGCACAUGCAUGUCUAUCACCUGAACCGGGCCUCUUGAUAAGGGCAUUUGCUACUUCAAUUAGUGGAACUUCAAAAGGAUUGAACUCUGCAAGUGAUGUGAUUGUUAUAAGAGGCUUCUUUGACUUGCUAAUGACACAUUUGCCUUUAAACAGUGAAGUUUUCAGAAGUCAUGUAUUAGCAAAAGAUAAAGAGCUUUUGAUAAUGGCUUGUUGCAGGGUUACGUUAAAGAAGGAUAUGAGUCUAAACAGAAGACUAUGGAACUAUUUUCUCGGACCAGAGCUUGAGCUCGAUAAUCCCGUGAAGAAUGAUCGUUCAAAAUACUUUGAAACCCAUGCAUUGGACACCUUAUCAACGGGAUUUUUAAAGAUGAUAGAAACAUCGAGCAUUAAGAAAAAAAUUGAAGCUUUUAAAAUUUCAUUAUCGAUAAUAAUGGACAAAUGGGAAAUCAGUAAUUUGGUAACUCCGAGGCUAUUCUCUCCAUUUUUGCAAGUUUGUUUUGAAUCAAGAGAGAAUAAAGAAAUUCUAAUUGCAGGUCAAAUGUUUUUCGAUGGAAUUGAAUCUUCCUUUAUCUGGGCUUAUAUCACAGAUAUUAUCCUAAAAAAAAAUGAUGAAGACUUGAAACUCUUAGAAUUUGUUUUGAGUACAUUCAACUUUAAUGAAGAGGAAAUGAUAACUAUGCAUGCUCCGCUAGCUAUUAUAUGCUUGUUGUCUGAUCCCCAUUUAUCGGUGCAAAGAGUUUCCAUACUUGAAGUUUUAUUGAGCUUAGUUCCACAGCGCGCAUAUACGCCUCUUGGAUCAACCGAGACUGUUUUUUCAAGUCAACAAUUGGUAAACACUAUCACAAUGUACUAUGACAACAGUUUGAUAGAUGAGAAUACUCAAAGUCCUUUUAAAGGAGAAGAAAUUACCAAUUUAGUGGUUGACCUAAUGAAGAACGCACUUAUUACGGGAAUCCAAGAUAUAGACAAAUCUUACCGACUCUCCUGUCUAUUAUCUGAUUUGUUACGUACAAUUCCCCAAAAGCAUGGAGAUAUCUGGUUCAGUUCAGAGCUUGUUUCUGCAAUUAUUUCACUUCCUAAGAGUAGAUUUGAUAUUGAUGACGACAGCAAAUUGAAAUCUAACGCAUUAAUUUCAUUAGGAAUAGCCAAGGUUUUCAACUACAUGUCUAGUUCCCUAUCCACAUCUAUAAAAGAAACUAUUCUUGGAUUAGUUAUUACAAACAUUUGGUACUCCGUCUACUCAACUCAACCUGGAAACUAUCAAUUUGAGUCGGUGAAGGCAAUAUAUGAAUUGCAGCUUACAUGUCUGCAGUACAAAAUUGAGGCUGGAAUAUUACACUUGAUGAAUCAAGUUCCAUUAGUUGAUCGGAUACAGGCUUUUUCAACGUUGUGGAUUCAUUCAACAUCGAUUAACGAUGGGGACUUGAUUCUAUUAAGACCGUUGCAACUUAUCUUGAAUGAGUCUGAUAAAAGAGUUGGCUCUACUGGAGUCAUUGAUUUUGUAAAGAAUAUUGUUGUGAAGAAUGGUUCAACGAAUAGACUUUUGAAGCUAAUUACAAGUCCCUUGCUCAAUUUUGAACUUAUGAAUUCCUCGCGUCUUGAUUUGAAGAUUGAUGAUGAUCUUGGUCAAUUUACCUACCACAUUAAUACUAUACUUAAUGUCUGCAGAACAAACCCAAAACCUUUGAAAGAUGCCUUUAGUCAUGAACUUGCUGUAAUGGAUUCUGGCACUAAAUUGAAUUUAAUCAAAUCCAAUAAUUGGGACAUUUCUACAUAUAAGUCACUUGUUUGUUCGGUUAUUAGCAAGUUUUUUCACUUGAGAAUAACACAGGCACUAGUCGCUGAUCAGAGUUUUCUUGAGGAAUAUCUUGAUUGUAUUAGCAAUUGUCUUGAAUUGUUGAAAUUUUUGUUAACCGGAAACGAGCAAGAAUUUGUAUCAACCUUUCAUUUAUUGGUAUCCUCAUGUUCCUAUUGUUUUACCAUCCAUAAUAGUCUGUAUACCAUAGAGUUGAUACAAACCCGGUUUUUGGAUUGCAUUUAUCACUUUUUGGAAAUGUCAGAAGAUUUGAAAAUCAACCUUAAUUUAUUACAUGUGGAUGAUGAAGGCAAAGACUCAUUGUUAAUUAGAUUCAUAAUUGAUGGAAUCACUCAUUCUAAGACCUCAUUGCUACUUGAAAGUUGGUUGUCACUUUUAACCCGUUCUUUGUAUUUAUUUAAUGAGUCGGUUUUCAGCGUUUUAUUCACUUUGAAUGACUGUAUCAUUAAAAAAAUUGAAUCUUAUUUUUAUAUGCUUGAACGUCAAGAUAAAUUUGAUGAUCUAGUUGAUGUCGAAGCCUCCACAAAUACUUUGAUUUCAGGUCUUGAAAGUUUAUUGUCAAUAAGCCAUAGCUUCUUGUUGGCAUCCAGUAUCAAAUUCAAUAAAGAUAAGGCUAACUCAAAUAAUGAAACGGGAUUUUUUGGUUCGGUGAUUCAAGGUGUAUUUCUGAUCGAGUCCCCAGCCAUAAGAACUUCGGAGCAGAACAAGUUAUUUUCCAUUUUGCUCUCUUUCCAAGAUGCAGUGAAGGUUUGUUUCAAAUUAUGGCAGUGGGCGGAUUCGAAGCCAGCUAUUAUUGUUCAGGGCCAAAUCGGUGAGAAGUCGCAGAUUUAUCUCGCGCAUAAACUUAAAUUCAGAGCCAGAAAAAUGCUUGAAUCCUUGUUGGACUUGGAGAAACAGGAAGUAAUAGAAACUCUUGUUAGCGUUGAUGGUUCUAUGUCUUCUGCGAUAAAAUUACUCAAUAUAUUAGAUGGUGGGAGAUCGCAGAUUACAUUGCCCUUUUUGUUCGACUCUAUCAUUACCAGGUGCUAUCCACCUUUAUUGGAAGAAUCUAAGAGAUCUACCCUCAAUAUUCCAAUCACAGAGAAAGAUUUAUCUAACUUUUUGGUUUCCUAUUUUGAAUCGAUAGAUACUGAUACUAUUUCGGACAUUUGGGACUCCACUAUCCAAUUCUUAAAGAAUGUAUUGGCUCAUUCCAAUCACUUUAAAGCAAUUUUACCAGAUUGUCUCAAAGUUGUAAAAGUGUUAUCAGUUAAAAUAUCAUCCUCAGGGUUGAGAGAAAAGAGUAAGAGUAAAAGAAUCUUAUCAGAAAUUUUCAUAAAAAUGCUAACGAAUAUGGUGUCUGGCAAAAGCGGAAACUUAGAUCUUUCUGAUUCGGAGAAGGAGGGUGAAGAUAAUACACAAGUUCCUGGUGUGGGUAACUCUUUGAUAAUUCAGGAUGAUACAUUAGAUGCGUUGGUUGUUGUUCUUGAACAUUUAGACAUUAUAAUUGAGGAUGCUGACAAAGCAUCAGCGUCCCUCAAUGUUAUCAUAGCAAAUUUGGUGACUCCUCAAAUCAAAUCUAAGAAAAUUAACGAAAUAUCUUUCAAGACCCUUGCGAUAGUGGAUUUGAUUGGAAAGUAUAAUCCAAACAAGACUUGGAAGAAUCUUGUAUCUGACUCCUUUAUGGACUCCAGUUUUUUUGAAAUGAAUACAACUAAGUUGAAACUUUGGAAUUCUAUUAUCACAACCUGGAUUUCGAUUGAGAAGGAGAAGAUCCAUGAUUUGAUAUUAAGAGUCACUCCAUUGGUCCUGAGUUCCCCAAGUAAUAUAUUUACAUGGAAUGAAAAUUCUGAGAUUGAGAGCAAAAUACAGUGUAUGAAAAGAAUUGCAUACCUUAUUUUAAUCCAGCCAAAAGAUUAUUUCUUGAAUUAUUUGGACGUUAUAUUCAGGCGUCUUGAAGAUUCCCUCAACACAACCUGUCCUCCAUCUUAUAGAUGUGAGAUUGCAAAGUUGUUACGUGCUAUUACUCUUAAGUUUGACGAAAUUCAUUUGUUGCCUAGGUGGACAGUAAUUUGUCAUGAGUUAACAGCAAUUUUUGACCUAGUGUUGGCGAGAAAUGUAAAGGAUUCAAACGUAUUUAGCGAAGAAGAAUUACAGUUGAUAUUACACGGUUGCAAAUUGUUGGAUCAAUUAUUAUUACUCGGUUGUGAUGAGUUCAAUUUGAAUGAGUGGCUAUUUGUUUCUAGCAACUCCGAGAUUAUUAAUGGCUCCUCACGAACUUCUAUUAUUGCUGCAGUUGAUAGAAUUUCUAACGAAAAGGACUUGACUAAUCUCAAAGAUCAACCAAUUACGAUUGAACAACCCCAGUCCCAGGAAGAACUAUCCCUUUUGCUUCAGGGAAUUAAACAAAUUGACAGUAUAACCCAACUAAGACUCUUUUUUGAUAAUUUGAGUCUUAUCAAUUAUGAAAGAACGUAUGGCUUAUUUGAGGUGAACUACAAGCGUUGUGAGGAUGAUAUUCUCAAUGACCUUGUUUGA